AUGAGCGAAGAAGAGGAUAAUCUGAAAUCAGAGAGAAAUGAAAAUGCAGAGGAAGAUAAAGAGAAUUUGGACGAUUCUAGAGUGAAUAGCUCAAUGACCAACUCUACGUUAAUGACUACUGGUAGAGUAGACAAUGAAAAAGCAGAAGUUGAUGAAAAUGGAACACUCGAUCUAUCGAAUCUCUCACUGACACAUUUGGAACGGAAUUUCAGUGAAGAAUACGCGAAAGUGAAGAAUUUGAUAAUAAACGGAAACAGCAUUCAGAAAUUCACCUAUAUGAAGUUAUUUCCAAAAUGCGAAAUUCUAGACGCUCAAGAUUGUCAAAUGAAUUCGUUUGUAGCCGAUUACAAUAAUAAUUUACUUGAACUAUAUCUGGCCAAGAAUCAACUGAAAGAACUGAAUCAAUUGGGACGAUUUCAUAAUCUGAAAAUACUCGAUUUAUCAUCGAAUCUUAUUGAUAAUUGCCAACUUCUUUUCUCAUUUAACAAUUUGGAAGUUUUGAAUUUGAGUAACAAUUCUCUGAAUCAAUUGCCGGAUUUAUUGAAAUGUACUUCUCUUCAUACACUCAGUUUGGCGGAUAAUAUGAUUUCGAAUCUAACGACGAUCGCAGAUUUAAUUUGUCCUACUAAUCUCCGAAAAUUUAACAUUUCAUCCAAUUCGAUUGCCGAUUUAUCUCAAUUUUCCGUGCUCUCUGUCUAUAAAAAUUUAGAAGAACUGUCAGUUGCUGAAAACCCAUGCAUUAACGAAGUGUGUGAAGAGGAAACAUUCGAUUAUCGUUCGUAUAUAGUUUCUUGUUGUACGGAACAACUUCACACGAUAGACAAUGAAAAAAUAGAAGAUCAAGUGCAAACAGAAGGCGAAUGGCUUGCAUUACAAGGAGGAAUGAAGAAAAUUGGUCCCGGAAAUCAUCUGAUUCUAUGUGAACUUAUUGCAUCACACUUCCCAAAAGCAGAUAGUGGACCACCGACUCCUGCUCAGAAGACGUGUCACAAAGCAUUGGAGAAAAGGAGGUCUUAUGCUGCAGAAUUACUGGAAACACCUGGAAAAGAAAGGAUUCUUCCGAGUGAUUCAUCAAUGAGAAGUGAGGAUACAGACAGAACUGUCAACUCGAUAUAUUCCCCAUUCCGAGAAUGGAACGGUAAAAUUGGAACGAUGAGAACACCUGGAAGUUCUGGAAGAAGUGGAUUGAAGAACAAAACCAAUUUGAGAAUGUGUUCACCUCCUGGAUCGAAAAAGAACAAAUCGUUCACUUUUCCGAACAAGUCUUCUCCUUCAAAUUUCAUGGAAAAUGAAUCUCUUCGUCAUCACGAAACAACUCGUACCAACUCUACAGAAACAAUUAUUUGUUCUGCUAGAACUGAGCUCAGUUUCACUGUCGAUGGAAGAAGUGAAUCAACUCCAUUACCUAUCAUUGACUCAACUCCAACAAAAGAGUCGUCACCAUCGACUUCAGAAGCGAAUCGUCUAACUCCAAGUGUAGCCGAUGUUUCGUAUGUUUGCGAUGACAGUGAAGACAUGAAAAAUCGAAUUAAAAGUCUGGAAUUGAAAGUGACCGAACUCCAGAAGCAGAAUGAGAAUCUAACGGCAAUAAACGACGGAUUAGUGGAUACACUUGAAGCCUUCAAAUCUGAACAGAACAAGAUGUGGAAUGCGAUUCGAAAGCAAUUGAUCCCAACUCCACAGAAUAUGACGAACUCUUUUGUAUGUGAAACUGAAGAUGGGCAUCAUGUACAUCAAGUGAAAUGGGACAUGCCAUUAGUGAAAGGGUAUCGGAUCUAUGUUGAUGGAAGUCCUUGUGGACAAAUUAUUGGAAAGAACAAUUCAGCAAGAAUAACUGAUUUGUCUGCGAAUGAAUCCCAUGUUGUUCAAAUUCAGCCAGUCGGCGUCAACGGAGAAUACGGAGAUCUGUCUAAAAAAUUGCAUAUCAAUCCUCAAAAGUGA